AUGGCUGCUUCCAAGGCUGAGGGGAAGGCGAUUGGCAUCGACUUGGGCACCACCUACAGCUGCGUGGGUGUAUGGCUACACGACCGAGUCGAGAUCAUCCCCAACGAUCAAGGUAACAGGACUACUCCCUCUUACGUUGCUUUCACCGAUACAGAGCGUUUGAUCGGGGAUGCGGCGAAGAAUCAAGUGGCUUUGAAUCCUAAUAACACAGUCUUCGACGCCAAGCGACUUAUUGGGAGGAGGUUUUCCGACCCAUCAGUGCAGGGCGACAUGAAGCUCUGGCCGUUCAAGGUGGUUCCGGGUCCAGGCGACAAGCCCUUUAUUGUUGUUCAGUACAAAGGUGAGGAGAAGAAGUUCACAGCGGAGGAGAUUUCGUCGAUGGUGCUGGUGAAGAUGAGGGAGACAGCGGAAGCGUUCUUGGGGCACAGUGUGAACAACGCCGUGGUUACGGUGCCGGCCUACUUCAACGAUUCUCAGAGGCAGGCAACCAAGGACGCUGGAGCUAUUGCGGGGCUGAACGUGAUGAGAAUCAUCAACGAGCCUACUGCUGCAGCAAUUGCUUAUGGGUUGGACAAGAAGGCGUCGCGAAAGGGUGAGCAGAAUGUGCUUAUCUUCGAUCUUGGUGGCGGAACGUUUGAUGUUUCUCUGCUGACGAUUGAGGAGGGCAUAUUCGAGGUGAAGGCCACAGCUGGAGAUACCCAUCUGGGUGGUGAGGAUUUUGAUAACAGACUCGUGAAUCACUUCGUUUCGGAGUUCAGAAGGAAGCAUAAGAAGGACAUCGGCGGCAAUGCAAGGGCUCUGAGGAGGUUGAGGACUGCUUGCGAAAGGGCCAAGAGGACUCUGUCUUCCACCACGCAGACCACAAUCGAAAUUGAUUCUCUGUACGAGGGGACUGAUUUCUACGCAACCAUCACGAGAGCGAGGUUCGAGGAACUGUGCAUGGAUUUGUUCAGGAAGUGUAUGGAGCCGGUGGAGAAGUGCCUCCGCGACGCUAAGAUCGACAAGGGCCAAGUCCAUGAGGUGGUCCUCGUCGGUGGGUCGACCAGAAUUCCCAAAGUUCAGCAGCUCUUGCAGGACUUCUUCAACGGCAAAGAGCUCUGCAAGAGCAUCAACCCCGAUGAAGCCGUUGCGUACGGAGCCGCUGUUCAAGCUGCUAUUCUGAGCGGUGAAGGCAACGAGAAAGUACAAGAUCUGCUACUUCUAGAUGUCACGCCUCUCAGUCUCGGCCUCGAAACCGCUGGCGGAGUCAUGACCGUGUUGAUUCCUCGCAACACCACCAUUCCCACGAAGAAAGAGCAGAUCUUCUCCACAUACUCCGACAACCAGCCUGGAGUUCUGAUCCAAGUGUACGAAGGCGAGCGAGCUCGAACCAAGGACAACAACCUUCUAGGCAAAUUUGAACUAACCGGAAUCCCGCCGGCGCCGAGAGGUGUGCCCCAGAUCAAUGUCUGCUUCGAUAUAGAUGCCAAUGGCAUUUUGAACGUGUCGGCAGAAGACAAAACCGCCGGAGUGAAGAACAAGAUCACCAUCACCAACGACAAGGGAAGACUGAGUAAGGAAGAGAUUGAGAAGCUGGUGAAAGACGCGGAGCAAUACAAGGCUGAGGAUGAGGAAGUAAAGAGGAAGGUGGAGGCGAAGAACUCGCUGGAGAAUUACGCCUACAACAUGAGGAACACCGUGAAGGACGAGAAGAUCGCCGGGAAGUUGAGUGGGCCCGACAAGCAGGCGAUAGAGAAGGCGGUGGAGGACACGAUAGGGUGGCUGGAGGGGAACCAGCUGGCAGAGGUGGAAGAGUUUGAGGACAAGUUGAAGGAGCUGGAGGGCAUCUGCAAUCCCAUAAUCGCGAAAAUGUAUCAGGGUAGUGGUGGAGAUGCGUCCAUGGGCGGUGCCGGUGACAUGCCUGGUGCGGGCUACGGGGGCUCCACCGGCUCAGGCGGCGGUGCAGGGCCCAAGAUUGAAGAGGUUGAUUAAAUCUCUCAAUUGUAGAGAGGUGUGGAAGGUUUAAUUUGGGUUUCUCUGUUUUGUUUUCCACCUGCAGUGUUUGGGUGGGGGGGUCUAUAUGCUCUGUUUUCUGGUUUGAUAUUACUAAGAACAUAUGUAAAUAGGGCCUUGUAAUAGGGUUUAAUUAAAUGAGUGAGUUAAUUUCCCUUUCAAUUCA